AUGCUGGUUCACGCAAACAAGGUCAGAUCUUGGCAGUGGAAACCGUUCAAGAACUCAGCACGAAGUGAUAAUCUUUCUCUUCUGCAUUGGAAACGAUGCGACGACACCUCAAGUGAUUACCCAUUUGCCAAAUACUCCGUCAAGCGUGAAAUACUGAUGUACACAGAUGAACAGUACAAUGGUGUCCUGCAGCAGCCUGGUUGGACUCGAGCAAAUACUGACCAUCUCAUUGAACUUGCCAACAAGUUCGACCUCAGAUUUGUUGUUAUGCAGGACCGUUGGGAUAAACAUAUACACGGUACAAGAUCAGUGGAGGACCUGAAAGACCGUUACUACAGUAUCCAAUACAGACUUGAUAAGCUCAGAGAUUCUGAAUCCGAGAAACCAAAGCGUCCUCUCUACGAUGCAGACCAUGAACGUUUACGAAAGGAGCAAUUAGAGAAGCUGUACAGUAGAACUAGAGAAGAAGUGGAGGAAGAAGAAUACCUGAUCGAAGAACUCAGGAAGAUUGAAAUCCGUAGAAAAGAGAGAGAAAAGAAACAACAGGACCUACAGCGGUUGAUAAAAGCUGCUGAUCAGCUGACCGAGACUGGACCAUCAAACAAGAAGAAAAAGGCCUCCGCUACCAAGAAGAAGGAAGAAGAGACACGGUCGUGGAGGAUUCAAGAUAAGCCUCUGAACGCUGGAGUUAGUUUGAGAAGUGCUAAAACCAAACAAGCUCUCCAAGUCGGUCUGAAGAAGUCUAAGUUGGUAGAGCAAAUCUUGACUCAAUUAGAAGUGGGUGUGUCACCUAUGCCAACAGAGGAGAUCACGGGGCAGUUUAACGAACUUAGGAACGAUAUCCUGUUUCUUCUGGAGCUCAAGAUAGCACAGGAAACCCUACAGUUUGAUAUUCAAGCUCUAAAACAUCGGAAGGAGACGCUUGUUGGAGAUCAGACACCAGCUGCCACGGAAGAUACAGAAAACGAGGACGAUCUAUUUGCUGACACGGAUAUCAUGGGACUGAACUUGGACGAGGCACUUGUAACGGCGGGUUUAACAUCUUCCUGCUCUAGAAAGAGACGCGCCGCCAGCGAAAUUGAGAAAGUCACUGCUCUUCUAAAAAAACAGAGGAAGAACAGUAAAGGUUGA